UAGGGGUCAUUUUUCCCCAAUUUGUACCAUCACGAAAAUUAGGUGUAUAAAAAUAAUACUUUAUUGUGCAGUCUCCCCUUAGGGCUUCGAUUUUAUUCUCUCCGAUCAAACCAACGUACAAUCAAUCAGGACUAAAUAGUUUGUGAGCAUGCUUGUCAAGCAGUGGGUCAUUGAAAACGUUGGAGAUACUUUGCCUUUCAGCAAUGGAGAAGGCAACAGAUUCUAGCCUAUUUGUUAAUGAUGGGUCAUUCUUGGAGAGGUUCAAACAGCGUCAACAGGAGGAGGGGAAGGACAAGAAGAGUGAUACAUCCGUGAAAUCUAAAUCAGGGUCAAAUACAUCUGUAACUAACACUCCAAAGACUGUCAUUAGUAAAGCGACCUUGGAAUUUAAGGCCAAUGGUUCUCGGAAAACAAACCAAGCUCCUUCAAGCGGGAAACUUGCAUUCAGCUUGAAACAAAAGUCAAAACUUGCUGCACCAUCUAUUAAGCUUGGUGAAGAUGAGGAUGAAGAUGAAAAUGAUGAUGGAAAUCUGUCAGAUAGAGUGCCAAUGAAACGUCCAAAGUUGGACCAGCAAGAUGCGCCUGAGAAGUCAUUAAGACAAGUUGUCGUUGCACCACCUUCCCCAAGUGAUCCUACUGUGAAGAAAGUUGUAGACAAAUUAGCAAGUUUUGUGGCCAAGCAUGGAAGGCAGUUCGAGCAUAUCACAAGACAAAAAAACCCUGGAGACACUCCAUUCAAGUUUCUAUUUGAUGAAAGCUGCUCAGAUUACAAGUAUUAUGAAUAUAAGCUCAGUGAAGAGCAAAACGUUCUGUCAGAGACCAGGGAUUCCCAAACAUCGCAAAGUGUUGGGUCUGUAAUCUCAGUUCCCAAUUCAUCAAGUGGUUCUCAGAGAUUACAUCAUCAGCAUUCGAAAUAUCAAACUCCCUCCUCUGCUUUAUAUGAACCUACAGAGAACACAAGAGCUUCUACGGCCUCAGUAUCAAGUGAAAAAUAUGGUGAAUCUAGUGCCCCAACUGGUGCAGAUCCUAUAGCAAUGAUGGAAUACUACAUGAAGAAGGCUGCACAAGAAGAGAAACAGAGACCUCCUAAACCCUCUAAGGAUGAGAUGCCUCCGCCUGCUUCCCUUCAAGCUUCAUCGAAGAAAGGGCAUCACAUGGGUGAUUAUAUUCCUCCUGAAGAGCUUGAGAAAUUCUUGUCUACCUGCAAUGAUGCUGCUGCACGGAAAGCAGCGAUAGAGUGUGCAGAAAGAGCUAAAAUUCAGGCUGAUAAUGUUGGUCACAGGCUUCUGUCCAAAAUGGGUUGGAAGGAAGGUACACCUUUACUGUUGCUCUUUCCUUUUGCUCACAAGCAGAGAUGAGUGGGGAAAUGAUCC